UAUUUGCAAAUUAUCAAGCUCCUUUGUUCGUCCCUUUUCUCACUCCCUUCCAAUGGCCUUGCAAGCAGCUGCGAAAUCACUCAUAAAAAAGCUGAUUUUUCCCCCAUCGGUUUUUGCGCAGCCAAAAUUCUCCCUUCUUCACUGUUCCGUGGCCACCGCGCCGAGACGGACGUACAGCACUCUCAGAAACAAGAACAAAGGCGAAAAGAGUCGGAAGCAGAGAGCAGAGUUGUUUGUUAAGAGACGAACGCGCUCGGAGAGAGAGCUCGACGGGGAGUUCUUGAAACAGUAUGGAAAUGAGAGUGCUGCCCAUGUCCCCGUCAUGCUUGGUGAAGUGCUUGACGUUUUCGCUUCGGUGCCUCUCAAAUCUUUCGUCGACUGUACUCUUGGUGCCGGUGGCCACUCCGCUGCGAUCAUUCAGGCCCAUCCGGAAAUGGAAUUCUAUGUUGGCCUUGAUGUUGAUCCUGUUGCCCAUCAGAUAGCUCAGGCUCAAUUAAAUACUGCCUUGCACAACAACUUUGGCCAAUCUUCAGCAGGUUUACAAGUUCAUACCAUCUUGAAGAACUUCAAAAAUAUUAAGGAUGUGCUUCAUGACGUUGAUGGGAAGCAUAUAGCUAAUGGAGUUCAAGGAAUUUUGAUGGACUUGGGAAUGUCAUCCAUGCAGGUUAACAAUGCCGAAAGAGGCUUUAGUGUACUCAGUGAUGGACCCCUUGACAUGCGGAUGAAUCCCCAGGCUAGUCUGAAGGCAGAAGACAUUUUAAAUUUCUGGCCAGAUGCUGAAGUGGGGCGAAUUUUACGGGACUACGGUGAAGAAAGCAAUUGGUUCGCUCUCCAAAAGAAAAUUGUUAGGGCUCGUUCGAGUGGUGGGUUGCAUUCCACAAGCGAACUAGUCGACCUCAUUCGGAGCUCAACUUCUUGGAUUAGAGGAGGUAGGCAAGGUUGGAUCAAGACUGCAACGCGGGUGUUUCAAGCUUUGAGAAUUGCUGUCAAUGAUGAACUUAACACGCUUAAGGAUUCCAUCAAUUGUUGUUUCGACUCCCUUGAUUCUGGAGGAAGGCUUGCUGUCAUAUCAUUCCAUAGUUUGGAAGAUAGAAUCGUGAAGCAGGCAUUUCUAGACAUCAUAAACAGCAGUCAAGAAGAGAGAAAUACUGACUCCAUAAAACUCGAUUCCUACAAGGAAAAGGAAGCAUGGAUAAAGCAGAUCGUGCAGGGACCAAACGCCAGUAUCUUAACAAAGAGACCCAUAACACCAUCAGAAUCCGAGGAGAGAUUGAAUCCUCGAAGUCGGAGUGCAAAACUUAGGGUAAUUGAGAAGAUCUGAAGAGGAAACCCUGGGAAUAUGCAGAA